AGAGAGAGAGAGAGAGAUGACAUGGGAGGGUGAGGGAGGGAGGGAGAGGUGAGGCGUCCUCCCGGUAUAUAACGGGCUCUCUCUCUCUCUCUCCCUCUCAGACCGGAGCGGAUCUCAGAGCAGCUGACACAGACAGAGUUUCUCAUUCACAAACAAACAAACAAACAAACAAACAAACGGAUGUUGCUUUUAACUGUACUGCUCGUGACGUCACAGAUUGCUGGAUGAUGGAGCUGGUGUUUCGUGUCCAUCUGUGGGAGCUGAUGGAGUGAUGGUGAAGAUGAAGAGGAGGAGGCAGAGGAGAUGGAGCCGCUCCUCACGCUGAUCUCCAGGCUUUGCUCUGAGCUCCAUGACAGGGGGAUCUGACGGGGGGGAAGGUGGAGGCAUGGAGAAUGCCGGUCAGCUCAAACCAACGCCUGUCAUCUACGGAGAGCUGUUGAACAUCUCCACCAACUACACCCAUGCGGCCAAUUUCACGUCGAAGGCGGAGGAGGGGAAGGACGGCAGCGUGGCUUUCCAGGCGGGUCUGGCCGUGACCUUAGCCCUCAUCACCUUAGCCACCACGCUCUCCAACGCGUUCGUCAUCGCCACCAUCUACCAGUCCAGAAAGCUGCACACCCCGGCCAACUUCCUGAUCGCGUCCCUGGCCGUCACGGACCUCCUGGUGUCCAUCCUGGUGAUGCCCAUCAGCGCGCUGUACACCGUCAGCCAGACGUGGACUCUCGGGCAGGUGGUGUGUGACAUCUGGCUGUCCUCGGAUAUAACGUGCUGCACCGCCUCCAUCCUCCACCUGUGCGUAAUUGCGCUGGACCGUUACUGGGCCAUCACGGACGCGGUGGAGUACUCCAAGAAGCGCACGCCGGGGCGCGCGGCCGGGAUGAUCGCCACCGCCUGGGUGAUCGCCAUCUCCAUCUCCCUGCCGCCUUUCUUCUGGCGCCAGGUGAAGGCGGAGGAGGUGACGAGCUGCAACGUGAACACCGACCACAUUUUCUACACCAUCUACUCCACCUUCGGCGCGUUCUACAUCCCCACGCUGCUGCUCAUCGCCCUGUACGGGAGGAUCUACGUGGAGGCGCGGAAGCGCAUCCUGAAGCAGUCCCGCAACAAGCCCGGGAAGAGACUCACCUCUGCGCACCUGAUCACCGACUCCCCCGGCUCGGUGGCGUCCACCACCUCCCUGAACUACGGGACCGCCAACGACACCUCCUCCUGCUGUGACACUACCUCGUCCGCGAACCAAGUGAGCCAGGUGAAAGUCACCGUGUCCGACGCGCUCCUGGAGAAGAAGCGCAUCUCCGCGGCGCGCGAGAGGAAGGCGACCAAAACUUUGGGAAUAAUCCUGGGAGCUUACAUCAUCUGCUGGCUCCCGUUUUUCAUUUACACUCUUCUAGUGCCUGUCUGUGAGUCCUGCUUCCACCCGGAGCUCUUCGACAUUUUCACCUGGCUGGGUUACCUCAACUCUUUAAUCAACCCCAUCAUCUACACCAUGUCCAACGAGGACUUCAAGCAGGCGUUCCACAAACUGAUUCGGUUUAAAUGCUGCAGGGCAUGAACGGUGAUUAACCCCACCUCCCCCUCCUCCUCCCUCAGAUCCCAUCUCUAAUCAUCUGUAUAAUGACAGAAUCAAAUCAAACCCACCUCCACCUCCACCUCCACCUCCACCCACCUCCACAAACACAUCCCUCCAGGUUCAUCCACAUUGUUUAUGAUAAUGUGUCUGCAGAGGACUGUGGGAAUGAAUGGAGCUGCCAUCAGCCUGCAGUGUGUGCAGUGUGUGUGUGGAUUACAGCACAAAACAUGUGACGAGGUGGAAGCUCUGUGACAUCCAUCCAUCCAUCCAUGCAUCCAUCCCUAACCCCACCCGACCCCGCCUGUACGUGCUGCACUGGACUGCAGCCUGCAGACUCACUCUUGCCAUAUGAGUCUGACAGUCAACGUCAGUUGGCUCGUAAGCACAAACAAGCUUAGGACUUAAGCUACCAUGAGCCCCAAGGGCAAAAAAUAAGAUCUGUGUUUCAUUUUCCUGACUCAAUAAGGGGAAAUACUGGUGCCUACAAUACGUUUAGUUCAGUUCCUCAGACGUGCCCGGCUCCAGUCGGAGAGAUCAAAACAAAAAAAAAGGCAUGAUUUGAGUUCUGGAGGGUUUUUCUUUUCUCGCUGUGGCUGAUGUGUAAAUGUACGACUGUAUGCAUCAGUGUGAUUUAUACCUUGAGUCAUCAUCGACUGUGAGGGGCUGGAGAGCCGACCCCGUUAAAGAUGCAUCUUAAUUGUUAAUAUUUAGCGUUGAUGUUCCAUUUCAUGUCAGGCUAAGCAGACAGACAGACAGACAGACAGACAGACAGACAGAUGAUGAACAGGAGGGUUUCCUACAGUCGCCUCGUGUGAGGACGAGUUUGAAAAUGUCACAGUUCUGAUUCAGAUCAAAUCCUCACAUGUUAAAUGUCACAUUUUUAGCUGCUGCUUGAUCCUUUAAAAGAACUGGGAACGCCUGAAAAAUCUGUUCUGCUGCAGAUACAGAAUGAGCCAUGAUGGAAGUCAUGAUACGACUGUACACAGAUCACACACGGUGAGUUCACUCUGCAGUUUAUUCAAGUCAAAACAGUUAAACUUGAUCCAUUUUAGGCCAAAAAUGAAUUUAACUUAAAGGUCCAGUGUGAAAGGUUUAGUGCCAUCUAGUGGUGGAGUUGCUCAUCGCAACCUCCGCUCUUCCCGAGUAUGAAACAUGAGUCAGCGUUUUGUCACGGCGGACUCCGCCUGUUGAUAUAAAAGACUCAUUCUAAGGUAGCAAAAACAUAACGAGUCUCUUCAGGUGAUUAAACAUGGAUGAAAACAGAGUUAUGAUUAUUAUUUUCUGUAAAUAGAGGCGCCUAAAUCUGACACACCGGACCUUUAAUUGUUGGCAUAGUCGUGGACAAAUUUAGAAAUGAAGUUAAGGCUAAUUUAAGAGUUAAAUAAAUAAUAAAUAUAAAGAGUUUCUUCAGUUUCUUAAAUUGUGGCUACAGCCCCGUGUUCAUGUCAUGCAAUAAUUUAAGAAAUCUCAAAAUUAUGAUCUUACAAACAUGUAGGAACCCCGUCCUGUUCUUUUAAAGGAAUAGUUUGGAGAUAAUCGGCUUGUUCGCCUCCUCGCAGAGAGUUUGCUGUGACAGUUUGUGCCGCUCUCAUGUCUGUUAAGAGUCUUCCAUCCUCCCGUAACUCUGUCGGACUCACGAUGGACAGAAACAAUCAAAAUCGAGGCAGCAGAACCGACAGAGAUAUCGCCGUUUGACCUGCGCCUACAUUUCCCACAAUGCAACUCAAGCACCAACAUUUCUAAUGGAUAGUGGAUAAUAAAGCAAGGGAGGUGAAGCCAACACAGGAAGUGCAGUUCCUCUUGUAGUCCACUUGAGGCUGGCUCCAGAAGUGAGUCAGUCUCCAUAAGUCCCCAUGUCCAAAUGUCCAACAGCAGAAAUAAACAUGUUUACAGCCUGGUACAAAGACUUUCCAGAAUUGUGUUCAAACAUCAAACUCAACACCUGGAAACGCACAGACAUGAGAGUGGUAUCAAACUGUUCGUCUAACUCUCGGCAGCAAAGCUAAUGAGCUUAAAACAUCAAACUAUUCUUUAUAUAUAAUGAGGUAAAAAAGAAAGAAAGGGGGAGUUUGUUGUACCAGUAAAAACAUAAAAAAAACAAAGAUGGCUCUGCAGGACCGCUUCACCGCUGCAGCCGUGUUUCGAGGCGGCGUGGACGACGCCCUGCAGCCGUCCUGCUCCGUCACAGCUCGUGGUGAACAGCUUCAUCGUGUACAGCGCCGAUCAGCUCAGUGUGGAAGUUGCAUCUCAUCCAGGUUAGCUUCUGCUGUACAACGCUUCUGCACACAUCAGGCGACGAUGCAGUGUAACCGCUCUGCUCUGGAGGAGGAAGGAAGUCCAACCCACAAACAAACAAACAAACAAACAAACAAACAAACAAACAAACACUGCUGCUGUUGUGACAAAAUAUCAAUAAAAAGGUCUAUGGCAUCAUGAGGUGACGAUA